AUUGCCGGAAAAUUUUUGUUAUCACUUUUUACAUUUUUCGAUUUUUUUGGAGACUUUUCAAAAUUUCCUUCAUUUAUUUAAACUAAAUAGUAUUAUUAUUUAAUAAAUUCAGCACGAUGGUAUCCUUUUUAUUACGUAAUGUCAACUUCGUAAAAGCCAAAAGUUUAUAUAAAUCAGAGUCCUUCAACAUUCGGCGUGUAAACACAAAAACCUCUAGUCUAGAUUACUGUUUGAAUUUAGUGAAUAAAUGCGACUACGAAAACUUCCUGUGUACUUUAUUGCUGCCAAACCAUCUGAUAUCAGCAGGAAUAGCAUUACGAGCAUUCAACGUAGAAAUCGCUAAGGUUCAAGAUCACGUAUCUGAAAAUGUCAUAGGUCUCAUGAGGUUUCAAUUUUGGGACGAUACCAUUGAUAAAAUGUUCGCUGGUAAAAUUCCAGAGCAUCCCGUUUGCAUCGAAUUGUCAAAAGUAAUAGGUAAUAGCAAUUUAUCGAAGUUGUAUUUAAAACGAUUAAUAGAUGCUAGACGAAAUCAGCUGUCGUCAUUCCGUUUCUCAAGUAUGAAAAAGGUUGAAGAAUAUGCCGAUUUAGCCAAUUCUCCUAUAUAUCUCCUGUUAUUAGAAUUAGCAGAUAUCAAAAAAGUCGACGCAGACCACGCCGCGUCACAUUUAGGUAGAGCUCAAGGCAUAGCUAAUUUAUUACGAAGUACGAUGUAUAAUUCUCAAAAAAAUAUUGUUUCGAUACCUGAAGACAUGUUAGUUAAAUAUAAAGUUUCCGAGGAAGAUAUUUUAAGGAACAAGAUGGAUACAAAUAUCAAAGAUAUGUUCUUCGACAUUGCCACCGAAGCUCACUUGCACAUAGAAUCUGUCGAAAAAAUUCAAAAAGAUCUAGAUAAAGCAUGUCGACGAAUUCUUCUACCAUCGGUUGCUGUAAAAAGUUACUUGAAACGAUUAGAAUCUGUUGAUUUCAACGUGUACCAUCCGAAAUUGCAAAGAAAAAAUGAACUUUUAUCGUUACGAUUGUACUGGAGAAAGUUGUUUUUAUAGUAAAUAAUGAAAAAAUGCAAUAUAUUA